AUGAAAGCUCAAUUAUUGACUACAGCUGUUUAUUUACACUUCCGGGAUUGUCUGCCGCAUCCAAAUGGUGGCCAGAAACAUCAGAAGAGGAAGAAAGUUCUACUUCUGAUUAUACCCCUAUCAAAACAUCCUCUUGAUGAAUCUUCGUCUACCGUCGAAACUUCAUCCUGGGAGGAAUCCCCAAGUGCUGAGACCACUUCUGUCAAGACUUCGUCUUGUGAAGAGUCGACUAGUGUUGAAUCAUCCAGUAUCGAAACAUCGUCAACCCCAGAAUGUGAUUCAUCCACAAAGGAUGUUCCAAAAUCAACCCCAGAAUGUGAUUCAUCCACCAAAGAGACUCCAUCAUCUAUUAUACCUACAAUUCCUACAACUAAAUAUGUUCCUCCUCAUUCAGAAAUCAAAAAUGAGACAUCUUGUGAAACGAAGACCACGGUGAUUACUACUAGUGGAACGCUUUGUACUACAGGGUAUAAAGUGAUUACUACUACAGGAAUUUCUGGAACUACUGUUGUCUAUACUACAUUGUGUCCUUUGCCAUCCACUCCUGUUGAGACAUCUAAUGUCGUCAUCUCUACUUCAAAGCCAAUCCCAGCUACUUCGAUUUUCACCUCAGCGGUCUACCAUAAUAUUACUAGUGAGGAAGGCUCAACAGCACCAGCCAUUUCACAUUUUGAAGGUGUUGGUAACCUACAAAAAGCUUCCUGUGGAGCUGCCUUGAUCGGUGUCGCUGCAUAUCUGUUGCUAUGA